AUGCCUUCUUUGAGUCUAGUCACGACUCUCUUCGGCUUCCUGAUUGCAAUUAUUCUGCAUGUACGGCGAAAACAAAAGACUACAUGUUCUCUUCCUCCGGGACCGAUAGGUCUUCCUGUGAUCGGUAAUCUGCUUGAUAUACCUAAGAGCCGCGAGUGGGUCACGUACGAAAAGUGGGGAAAAGAGUUCGAUUCUGAUGUCAUCCAUAUGAACGUGCUCGGAACACACUUGAUCAUUCUGAAUUCUGCCAAAGCGACGGACGAGUUGUUCGAUAGACGAUCAUCGCUCUAUUCUGAUCGGCCGUUGUUAGUGGCGCUCAAUGUGAUCCUAAAAAUUGACUGGGCCAUAGGCUUCUCACGCUAUGGUACCCGGUGGCGGAACAUGCGCCGAGAAUUCCAUCGCUACUUUCACCCCACCGCCUCACAGCAGUACCGUCCUAUCGAGGUGAAAGCGACUCACGAAUUACUACGACGGCUUCUUGACACGCCGAGCGAAUUUUUGGAGCACAUACGGUUCAUGGCAGGCCAGACAAUCAUCAAGAUAGCAUAUGGCAUUGAUGUGCAGCAGAAGGAUGAUCCUUACGUUGACGCUGCGGAAGACGUGCUGAAAGCUGUGGCUUUUGGGAGUACGGGUAGGGCCGGAUUGGUUGACACAUUUCCGAUGCUCGCGCUCUUGCCUGCGUGGUUUCCUGGCAACUCGUUUAAGAAAGAAGCACAGCGCUGGGAUGGAGCUGCACCACGAAUGAUUGAGGGUCCUUAUCACAUUGCAAAGGAAGCGACGGUCAAUGGGACAGCAGAGCCAUCUGUCACAGCAAGUAUGAUUCAGCGACUCCGGGCUGGUGCAGGCCCUUCAUACCUGAGCGAGGAUAUCAUUAAAAAAACAUCCGGGACCAUGUACUUUGCCGGGGCGGACACGACCGUCGCAGCCCUCCAAAUAUUCUUCUUUGCCAUGAUUCUCCAUCCCAAAGCGCAGAAGAAGGCACAAGCAGAGAUUGACAAUGUUAUUGGCACCAACCGCCUCCCCAGCUUUUCCGAUGUGAACACGCUACCGUACGUUAGCGCUCUGAUAAAGGAAGUGUUUAGGUGGAGACCUGUCUCACCUCUAGCAAUUCAACAUCGAGUUAUUACCGAUGAUAUAUAUGAAGGGUACUAUAUUCCCGCAGGCUCAGUGGUCAUCGGUAAUACCUGGGCCAUACUGCACGAUGAAGCUACUUUUCCAGAGCCGGACGUCUUCAAGCCCGAGCGCUUUCUUCCCACUUCUGGUGAUGACUCUACUAAAAUUCCCUUCCCCGACGCUGCUUUUGGAUAUGGCCGACGCAUCUGCCCAGGACGAUACAUGGCGCGUGAUGCAGUAUGGAUUGCGAUGGUCUCGAUUCUCGCCUCCUUUGAAAUCACAAAAGCGGUAGAUGAUGAAGGAGAAGAGAUCGAGCCGAAGGACGAGUUCACGUCCGGAAUCAUCUCAUAUCCUGUCCCAUUCGGUUGCAGGAUUCGGCCGCGGUCGCGCACGAUGGAGGGCUUGAUUCGUGAAUCGGCAAUGCAUGAUAGAAAACUAAGCGAAGGACUCGCUCAUCCCCGUUUAUGA